GCAUUUAUUGGCUGCAUACUGUGUAUCAAGUCCAUAACAAGUUGGUGUUACAAAAAUGAAUGGGGCUUGGUGAUUCAUCACUAAGGUUCUCUAUAUCUUUAUCAUUAAGAUUCUUGUAGUCAGAAAAGACUGUACAAUAAAUAGAUGCUAAGGGUAAAUGAACCAUAGGGAAUCUUAGGUGAGCACAGUGGAGAAACAAAUGGCUGAGUCUCAGGUACUUUCCAGAGAACAGAUUUGAUAGGAUGGGUGUAGGUCCCACUGAAAGAAGGAGCCGCAGGAAGGCAGGAAAUCUGGAAUGUGCAAUGAGUAGGCUCCACAGAGAGCAAAGCUGCGUAAUCUUAAUCAUUGGGAACUUCAUCAAGCAUUUUCUAUCAAUUUGGUAUUACAUACUUUGCUAAGCAUUCUUUGCUUAAUUCCUAUGCCUUCUUCUUUUGUGAUCGCCAUUCUGUUAAAUAGGGAGCACCUCUUUGGCAUCUAGCAGAAUGAGCUACCCCCGUUUACAUGGAAAGGUGGAGGCUAGGGAGCUUUUCGGGCGCCACCCUAUUUGAGAACAUGAAUCAUUACGACUGUCACCUAUUCCUUUACUUCAUAUCAUAUUUCACCUUCCGGUCCCACGUGGCUUACCAGGCCUGCCCUUAUGAAUGUAUGUACGUAUUUAGCCCGAGGCAGGAUCCACCAAAGCCCUUCCUGCCCCAGCAUGUCGGAGGCCUUUGGAGGCUGUGCAGACAACAGCAACUUCAGCCUGAAUCAUUUUCUUUUCAAUCAUAGACCAGCUGCCAAGAGGCGUGAGUAAGAGCCGGAGUGCAGGCUGGGAGUGGUCACAGAGGGAGUGGUACCCGCUCGGGGAGCCAGCCCUGCCUCUGCCCCACGGAGGGUUGCUCCUACAUCAAGGUCUUUGGGAGGCUCUCGUGUUCCUUUCCCCUGCUGUGCGUUUUCCAGGAUAACUGUGACUUCAGGCCCACAAUGGACGCUCUACAACUGGCAAAUUCAGCUUUUGCAGUUGACCUGUUCAAACAACUGUGUGAAAAGGAGCCAGCGGGCAAUGUCCUCUUCUCCCCGAUCUGUCUCUCCACCUCUCUGUCACUUGCUCAAGUAGGCACCAAAGGUGACACAGCAAAUGAAAUUGGACAGGUCCUUCAUUUUGAAAAUAUCAAAGAUGUCCCCUUUGGAUUUCAAACAGUAACAUCGGAUGUAAACAAACUCAGUUCCUUUUAUUCCCUGAAACUGAUCAAACGGCUCUACGUGGACAAGUCUCUGAAUCCUUCUACAGAGUUUGUCAGCUCUACGAAGAGACCCUAUGCAAAGGAAAUGGAAACCGUUGACUUCAAAGAGAAAUUGGAGGAAACGAAAGGUCAGAUCAACCAGUCCAUCAAGGAUCUCACUGACGGCCGCUUUGAGAACAUUUUGUCUGACAGCAGUGUCAGUGACCAGACCAAAAUCCUUGUGGUUAAUGCUGCCUACUUCAUUGGAAAGUGGAUGAAGAAAUUUCCUGAAUCCGAAACCAAAGAAUGCCCUUUCAGAAUCAACAAGACGGACACCAAACCAGUGCAGAUGAUGAAUAUGGAAGCCACGUUCUGUAUGGGCAACGUUGAUGGUAUUAAUUGCAAGAUCAUAGAGCUUCCCUUUCAAAACAAACACCUCAGCAUGUUCAUUCUGCUCCCCAAGGAUGUGGAGGAUGAGUCCACGGGCCUGGAGAAGGUUGAACAACAACUCAACUCAGAGACGCUCUUGCAGUGGACUAAUCCCAGCACCAUGGCGAACGCCAAAGUCAAACUCUCCAUUCCAAAAUUUAAGGUGGAAAAGAUUGUUGAUCCCAAAGCUAGUCUGGAAAAUCUAGGGCUGAAAAAUGUCUUUAAUGAGGAUACAUCUGAUUUCUCUGGAAUGUCAGAGACCAAGGGAGUGGCCCUCUCCAAUGUUGUUCACAGAACGUACUUAGAAAUAACUGAAGAUGGCGGGGAUUCCAUAGAGGUGCCAGGGUCACGAAUCCUACAGCACAAGGAUGAGUUCAAUGCCGACCACCCUUUUAUUUACAUCGUCAGGCACAACAAAACGCGAAACAUCAUUUUCUUUGGCAAGUUCUGUUCUCCGUAAGUGGCAAAACCCAGGUUAAGUCCCACCCGACUUUCCUGUAAACUCUGCAUCCAAAGAAUCACUUUAUAAAUACAAUAAAUUGUUAAUAUUG